UUUUAAUCAGUACCGUACACAUCUUCACAGAAAUAAGUGGGCGUCCCUGAUGGCGAGCAUAAUUGCAAAGAAAAAUCAAGCCAAACUAGCCGAAAACAUAUACAAACAUACUCAUUUUAACAGGUUAGAAGUGGAAGAGCUCUUGAAAAUAUACAGGAAACUGACCCCAGAAAAACUAGAUAGGACAAAGUUCCGUGAUGUCCUUCACAACACUUUCAACAUGACAGAUGAUAUCCUAAUGGACAGAGUAUUCAAAGCCUUUGAUAAGGACAAUGAUAGCUUUGUCAGUAUGGAGGAGUGGGUCACUGGUCUCUCUGUCUUUCUUAAAGGAACACUUGAGGAGCAAAUGGCAUAUUGUUUUGUUGUAUAUGAUCUAAAUGGAGAUGGAUAUAUAUCGAGAGAGGAAAUAUUCCACAUGCUCAAGAACAGUUUGAUUAGACAGCCAACAGAAGAGGACCCAGAUGAGGGGAUAAAAGACCUUGUGGAACUCGCACUGAAGAAAAUGGACUAUGACCACGACAGUAGGCUAUCUUUCUCCGACUUCAAGCAAGCAGUAGAGUUGGAGAACUUGCUACUUGAGGCAUUUGGACCGUGUCUGCCAGAUGCCAAGGCUGCAGAUGGAUUCCUCGCAACCUUCACUGGUGUUACUGUGUAAAAAUCUUUAUUAUAUAAUGUUACGUGAACGAUUUGAUAGUUUUUCUUGCUUCCUCAUAUAUAUAUUAUAUUAUAUAUGUAUACACAUACAUAUAUAUAUAUAUAUAUGUAAUUAACUGUACACUCAAGCAGUGUAAGUUAAGUACACUAAUCAAAUUAUAUACUUGCAUAGUGAAUUCAGUUUGUCAUUUUUACAAUACAUAAUAAAAAGACAUACCAUAAGUGCAUAAUAAUAUUGUAGGCCUCAAUUCUCUGUAUUAUUAAUUUAGCUCUUGGUAUUAUUAUAAACCUAGAUGAUGACCUCACCUAAGGCCAAAACAAAAUAUAGGUGUGGUUACGGUUUCCCGACCGACCCUAAACAUUUUA